UCAAGGGCGAUAUCGUCAUUUGAGAGAGAGCGCUCUAUAUAUAUAUAUAUGUAUAUUUUUCAAGAAGAAGCGACUAACGAGUCUCUCUUUUUGGCGGUUUCAUUUGGGAGUCUAUUCGUUACGUUUGGUGAGUACAAUGUAUUUCUUGGAUUUUCUCGCCUUCCAGUUUCUCGGAAAAUUCUUCAUUUCCAAUCACUUUCUUUUUCUCUAUUCUGCAUUAAUCUUCAAUUCUUUCAUUGACCCAUUUCAAUUUUUUAUGUUAUUUUCUUCUUCUUAUUUUCAGUAUUUUCAAUUUUUAUUUUUAUUUUUUUGGAGUUGAAGGCAAAUGGGAAUUUUGAGCAGUUUCUUGGAAAUUAUUGGUUUCGGAAUUGGAAUCCCAAUUGGAAUCUUUAUUGGGUUUUACUUCUUCCUCUAUUCCAACUCCAAAGAUGUAGAGGUAAUGCAGGAUCCAAUUAUUAGGCCACUGUGUGAACUAGAUGGCACUGCUUUGCGAGAUAUUUUGCCUGAGAUUCCUAUCUGGGUGAAGAAUCCUGACUAUGAUCGAGUGGACUGGUUGAACAAGUUUAUUUUGGAAAUGUGGCCUUACCUUGACAAGGCCAUUUGUAGCAUGAUAAGAAGCACGGUUCAACCUAUGUUUGCGGAGUACAUUGGGAAGUUUUAUAUAGAAUCAAUUGAGUUUGAGAAUUUAAGCCUCGGCACUCUUCCUCCUACAAUUCAAGGUCUCAAAAUCUAUGAAACAAAUGAGAAUGAACUAUUCCUGGAACCGGCAAUAAAAUGGGCCGGCAAUCCAAACAUAAUUGUGGUGUUAAAAGUGUUGUCUCUGCGAAUAACAGUUCAGUUGGUGGAUUUACAAGUAUUUGCAAAACUGCGGAUAACUUUGAAACCUCUCGUGGCUACCUUUCCAUGUUUUGCGAACAUUAUGGUAUCUCUGAUGAAGAAGCCCCGUGUAGACUUUGGUCUGAAAAUACUGGGAGGGGAUAUAAUGUCCAUACCCGGCCUUUAUCGAUUUGUUCAGGAGACUAUUAGAAAAGAAGUUGCUAACCUUUACCUCUGGCCCCAAUUUCUUGAAUUACCAGUCAUUGAUGCUUCGACAUUGGCCACGAGCAAGAUCGUGGGGAUACUGCAUGUAAAAGUUGUACGAGCCCGGAAACUGUUGAAGAUGGACUUACUAGGAACAUCUGAUCCUUAUGUUAAGCUCAGCCUGAGUGGAGACUCUCUGCUAGCAAAGAAAACUACCAUCAAGAAGAAGAACCUGAACCCUGUGUGGAAUGAGAAAUUCAAGCUUACUGUGAAGGACCCUCAAUCUCAAGUGCUUCAUAUAAAUCUCUUUGACUGGGAUAAGGUAGGAGCACAUGACAGGUUGGGAAAGCAAGUGGUUCCUUUAAAAGUGCUAACGCCCUAUGAGACGAAGGAAUUUUCUCUUGAUUUGCUCAAGGACACAAGCAGUAGUGAUCCUCAAAGCAUCAAGAACAGAGGGACAGUUGUGGUGGAGCUGACGUAUAAUCCUUUCAAAGAAGAUAGCGAUGGGUCUAGUGGACAUCUGGAUGCCGAUGGGCAGAAUGAAAGUAUAAACGAUAGGGCAUUAGGCAAUGAGAGCCCCAGUGGAGCAGGUGUACUUUUGGUUACAGUCCAAGGAGCUGAGGACGUAGAGGGAAAGAGUCACAACAAUCCGUAUGCUUUGGUACUUUUUAGAGGAGAAACGAAGAAAUCAAAGGUAAUCAAGAAAACCCGCGAUCCAAUCUGGAAUGAAGAGUUUCAGUUUUUGCUUGAAGAGCCUCCAGUAAGGGAGAAGAUCCAUAUUCAGGUCAUGAGCAAGCGCAGCAGACUUAGUUUCCGAUCAAAGGAGUCACUAGGGCAUGUGGAUAUUAGUCUUGCUGAUGUUGUACAUAAUGGACGAAUCAACGAGAAAUACCAUAUGAUAGAUUCAAAGAAUGGAAUGAUACAUGUUGAGUUAGAGUGGAAGAAAACUUGAGAACCAGGAUGAGGAUAUAAUAGUCAUAUCAUUUGUGAUCAAGAGGUAAAUUAUUUCAUUUUUAAGAUUUCAAUUUUUACUGCAUUGCAGCACAUACAAGAUCUUCAUAGACUUCACAGGAAACAGAGUAGGUCAUUAGAGUUGUUCAUAUCCACUUGAAACAUCAUAAAUUUUGUAUGUACCACAAAAACAUAUAAAUUUUGUCAUUGUCAUGCAAAUUUUUGCAUUUGUUAAUUAAUUUUUGUUUCUAUACUAAGCAUUGUAUAAACCGGAGAAAUGAGUUUAAAUUUUCUUGCAUGGUGUGAAUUUUUUUUUUUUUUUUUUCCCUACCCAAAACAAGUGGUGUGAAGGUAAUUCAGCUAAUAAGAUUUAGAACUUGAAAAAAAAGAGUCUGAUGCAAUUGAACAUUUCGAGGGUGGGCUUUCUGCAAUAGUAAAGUUGCUUCAUGCGCA